AUGAUUGUCUAUCAGAUUCUACUAUUGGAUUGUCAGGUUAUACUACACGUCCGUCUGGGUGAGAUUCCAGCGAAACAUGUUGUCAAGCGAUGGACUAGGGAUGCACGGGACAUUCUCCCUGAGGAUCUAGUGAUGUAUCAGAAUGAUCAAGGGCGGCCGAAGUCAGAUACUACAAGACAUACCAAGCUGUAUUUAUCCGCGCUAGAGCUUGUUCGAAUGGGUGACGCAAAUGUACAAUCUUACGAAGCGACCAUGUUACUGCUGCAACAAGCUAAAGCCAAGCUGGCACCAAUUUGUGCGGAACGAGAUGGGAUGGGUGUUGCAGAUAGGGAAGCUGCAGCACUAGCUGAUAGAACGGAAGACGGUGAGUUAGAUGGAGACGACGAUGUCAUCUCUUCAAUCAGCGCCCCGAAACGGAAUAGAGCAAUGGGAAGGCCAACCACAAGCCGCGACAAGCCGCCUUAUGAGAAGCCCGUGAAACGAUCUAGGUUCUGUAAGAUUUGUCGAAAGGAAGGUCAUAAGAGCACCACUUGCCCUGACUGUGGCGACCUUCCAAAACCUCCCAGGAAAGCUCCCAAGUGUUCAAACUGUGGUGUGCUUGGUCACAGGAGGAGCAGCUGUGGCAAGGAAAUACUGUAG